AUGGAUCUAUCUUCGUUAGAAGGUCCGCCAAUCGAUGAUCCGAGGGUGGUCAUUACACCUGAUCCCAUGGAUGGUCAUGUUCAUCUGCGAUCGCCUGUAAUGGAUUCCAAUACAAACCCCAGUCGGCUGUGGAGGUCUCUACCACCGAGACCAUCAUCCCCGAGACGCCGUCCUUCCUCGUCAUACGAGUCCCUGGCAGCGCACAAUAACAAUAACCAUGCCUAUCGCUAUCAUCACCGACCACCCAACCCUCGAACCGAAACCUCUCUCAGCGAGGGCCAUCUCCGCAGAACACACGCCCAAAGGGGUAGGAGGACCCCAUCACCCGAUAUAGAUAUGGACAUCGACCUGCAUAUGGAUCUUCGCAUUGACUCUGAGCCACGAGGCCCGAGAUUUACCCAGCGACCCCGAUCACCAAUGCGGGACCUGGUACCUCUACCUCUUUUAAGCGCCGAUACCCCAGCACCAUCUAAUCGCCAGCACGAACGCGGCCGACGAACACAAAGCUGCUGUCCACUUGUCUGGGUCGAAUCCGAUCAGCAGUGGAUAGUCAGUGAAUCGUAUCGCCAACAGCAGGAAGAGCCCUGUGUGGAGCAUAGUCGAGCGUCGGACUCCAUUUUUCAUCGAACGCCGCUGUCAGAUCCGUUCUUGGGGCUAGGGUUGGGCUCGGAUUUUGACGCUUGGGAUGGAGCUGAGAAUGAGCCCGUCGAUUGUCCGCCUACUUAUGAGAGCCAUGGGUUUAGUCCCACGUAUGCCAGGCGACUGGGACAGGGACGAGGCCAGGGACAGGGGCGGUGGAGCGAGGUGGCGUAUCGGAUGCAUGACCUGUCUACUCCGUACGGUGGGAGAUGA